AUGGCAAUUUUUGAACGUAUUGAACAAGAGUUGGCAAAGGCUGAGGUUGAGAAGCAGGACGCGAAGAAGGAGUUGCAAGAGUUCAACAAGGGAGAGGACGGACAGUGGUUGGCUGAACUGAAGAGGAAACUGCGGAAGGAAGAAGGGACCGAGGCGCAGCAAGCCAGUGAGAAGCUUCGCGAUAUGGCAGCACCGCCGACAG